AGAGAGAGAGAGGUCUUCAGAACGCAGUAUGCCCUUGCUUCCUUCUCUAGUACAGAACUGAAAGGAGACCAGGCAGAGGAACAGGGGAACAGAGGAACACAGUAAUAGUAGAGCUGGAAAAGAAAGAAAGAGACUGAAAGAGUACGGCAUAGAAAGGACAGGGAGAGAGAGAGAAAGGGGGUUAUAGAAGGGGACAGGUGUGAAGAGAUAGAGAGACAGAGAGACAGACAGACUCAGAGAGACAGAGAGACAGCCAGACUCAGAGACCGAGAUAGAGAGAGAAAGUGCUCGAUAGUGAUCUGUGCAGCUUCUACUCUACUACUACUACUCUACCACCAGCAGGACCAUGGAGACAGGCAGCCCCAGGAAGAUCCAGUUCACCAUGCCUCUUCUUGACUCACACCUGGACCCGGAGGCUGCUGAACAGAUCAGAAGACGUCGGCCCACCCCUGCUACUCUGGUAGCUUCCAGUGACCAGUCUUCUCCAGAAAUAGACGAAGACCGUCUUCCUAACCAGUUAUACAAGGCAGCCCUGUUGAACUCUCCCAGGCAGAGGAGGAAGGGAGCAAGAGGCACGCCCACCAUGAAAGAAUUGCAGUUCAUGGUAGAACACCACCUGUACAAGCAGCAGCACGGUGGAGAUGAUGAAUGUUCCUCAGAGAGCUGUCUGUCAGACAGACCCAGCCCGGACACUCUGCCAACCGGAGAAGAGGAGGAGCUGGAGCUACCGGAGGACGAGGAGGCCUGGGGAACUGGCGACAAUGUCACUGCGGAGGCCUUCGAGAAGCUGCGCUGUCAGAUGGAGGCAGAGUUUUCACGGGACAGUCUAUCAGACGCUGCAGGGGGACAUGAGUGCUCCUUCUCCAAGGAAGAAGUGGGAUGUUCCACCGUCCCCAUGGCAGCAACAUCACCAUCACAACAAAAACAACACACACAAGCAGACACAAAAUCUGCAUCCGUAGCGAGUCCAGAGGAGAAGAAAACAAAGAAACCCAUCCAGGAAUAAGAAGACAAAUAGAACCAUGGAACAGCCUCCACACCAACCUGUGUGUGUCCCAAAUGGAUCCCUAUUCCCACAGGGCUCUGGUCAAAAAUAGUGCACUAUGUAGGGAAUAGGUUGCCAUUUGGGACCUGAUGUUCAGUCAAUAACUACAGACAACAGACAGACAAGAUCAUCCUUUUGAUAAACAGACACACUGUAGAUGCGGAGACAUCAGGAUAUAUGUCCGGUCAGGUACUAUACCGUGCAGGUGGAGAGAUGACUAGGCGUUUAUUUAUGACUAGGCAUUUUUUGUUUCUAUUGAUUUACUCAUUUGAUUGCCCCUACUAAUCUGUAACUAAUUGUCUAAUGUUCCAAACCAGGACAGGAAAUAUUUGGGUAUUUUUCACGACAGUUUUUGGUUUGUUGUAUACACAAACUGUAACGGCCUAGCACUCACAUGUCUAAUAUGGCCGCUGUAUAAUACUCAUAAAUCCAAAUAUUGUCUCAUGAUUAUUCUAAGAUUGAUUUGAUGUUUUAGACAUGGGUGGGCCAAAAGAGACUUGCAUAAACAACAACAACAAGAACAGCAUUUAGUCCUUAUUCAUAUUUGUGCCACGACACAUAUUUGUGCCACGACAAUAACAUUGUCUAUUUUUAAGAGUCACAGGGCAGUAUCACUGCAUCACUUAGGGAACAUCAUUCCUCAUAUAGUGCACUGGCUUUGACCAGAGCCAAAUGGAGUAGUGUACUACUGUAUUAUUGGGGACACAGUGCUUAUUUGGGAGGCAUCCUGGGAAUCAUCAAUGACCCAAUCUGGAGCUGUGAUCAGAGUGUUUUCGGUCUCCGUCUAUUUGAGUCUCUGAAGUCUCCAAAACAUAUCUGAUUAAGGGACCAAUUCAUUGGACAAGACUCUGGGUGAACUUUGACCUUUUAAAAACGAAAAAAAAAAAAAAAACAUGUAUUUACGUGUCUAUUGACAUCCCAGUCAUGCAUAGUACAGAUUUAGUACUACACACCCCUUUGUUCUGUACUCCCCCCAGUACAUCAUUCAGAGU